AACCCUGACAAGUGACACCCGACCUUCUUCUCGCUCAACUUCAAAGUCUCCUUCCCUCUCUCUCUCUCUCUCUCUCUCUCUCUCUGAUUCUCAUUCUCAAUUUCUCAGGCACUCACGUCUCUCUUUGGAUUCGGCUUCUGAAUUUCCAUUCGCCGUCGCCGUUGGGGUUAUCGCAUCUCAGACUCGCGCAGGUGGAAGACAAUGGCGUGGAGGCAGAUAUUCUUCAAAACAAGGGUGCUUUCGAUGUCACAACAGCCACAUCCAACUCCUGGGUUCUCUAGAUUCUUCUCCAAAUCAUCCCUAUAUGUAGAAAAGGUGGGCAUACCAGAAUUUUUGAAGGGAAUAGGGAAAGGGGUUGAAUCUCAUGUGGCUAAGCUUGAAACUGAAAUUGGUGACUUCCAGAAGCUACUUGUCACUCGCACUCUCAGGCUCAAGAAACUUGGCAUACCAUGCCAACAGAGGAAGCUGAUAUUGAAAUACGCCCACAAGUAUAGGGUGGGACUAUGGAGGCCUCGAGCUGAGCCUGUAAAAUCUUAAUUACUUUUGUAGUAGCUAGUCCUUUGAAAAUUAAGACCAAGAUGGUUGUCUGCUAGAGAUCAUGGUGGCACGACACUUACACAUGGAAUUGUUUCAGUUUUGAGGAGUUUCAUUGUCUUAUGUUUGUAAUUUCUUUGAACAAUUUCAUGGACAAAAUUUAGUGGUUUAAUUGCAUACUGAGAUUCAAGAUCAA